GUCUAGGUCGUGCUUAUGCACUUGCCUUCGCCUCCCGUGGUGCUAAUGUGGUAGUUAAUGAUUUAGGAGUAUCUCGUUCUGGCGAUGGAUCCUCUUCUAAUGCUGCUGACAAAGUAGUCGAAGAAAUCAUAAAAGCUGGAGGUAAAUCUGUUGCCAAUUAUAAUUCUGUAGAGGAUGGCGAUAAAAUAAUAGAGACUGCUCUGAAAGCAUAUGGCCGUGUCGAUGUAGUAAUUAAUAACGCGGGUAUUCUUCGUGAUGUGUCAUUUACAAGGAUGACUGACAAAGAUUGGGAUCUCAUCCAGGCCGUUCAUGUUCGCGGGUCUUAUAAAGUAACAAAAGCUGCGUGGGAUAUAUUCCGAAAACAGAAGUAUGGCCGAAUUAUUAACACAGCUUCAGCAGCUGGUAUAUAUGGAAAUUUUGGUCAAGCAAAUUAUAGUUCAGAAACAUUAGCUAAAGAAGGGGAGAGAUCAAAUAUUCACGCCAAUGUUAUAGCACCUAUAGCAGCAUCUCGUAUGACAGAAACCAUUAUGCCACCAGAUGUUUUAGAAGCUCUAAAGCCUGAGUUUGUAGCUCCUUUAGUUCUUUAUCUUUGUCAUGAGUCAACCGAAGAAAACGGAAGUUUAUUUGAAGUCGGUGCAGGAUUUGUCGCGAAACUUCGAUGGGAACGAUCAAAGGGAGCAGUAUUUAAAGUUGACGAUAGUUUUUUGCCAGGCUCUGUCGCUGCCAAAUGGAAUGAAAUUACAGAUUUUUCACAUUCCGAUUAUCCAGCAUCACCAGCAGAAACCGAUUUCACCUCGUUUCUCGAACAAGCGAAAUCGUUGUCCUCAAAUCCUAAAGGUGAAGAUAUCAAAUUCGAUGGCAAAGUUGUGAUUGUUACUGGUGCUGGUGCUGGUCUCGGUAGAGCAUACGCGCACCUUUUUAGUAGAUUGGGUGCCUCGGUGGUAGUUAAUGAUGUAGGCACAAAAGAUGGUCGCAAAGCUGCAGAUAUAGUUGUUGAAGAAAUAAAGAAAUUAGGUGGUAAAGCUGCGGCGAAUUAUGAUUCAGUCGAAGAUGGUGAAAAAGUCGUUGCCACAGCAAUUAAAUCUUUUGGAAAAGUCGAUGUUAUUGUUAAUAAUGCUGGUAUUUUGAGAGAUAAAUCAUUUGCCAAAAUGACAGAUAAUGAUUGGGACCUAGUGCAACGGGUUCAUCUACGAGGAACUUAUAAAGUCACCAAGGCAGCAUGGCCAUACUUUUCAAAGCAAAAAUAUGGUCGUAUAAUUAACACUUGUUCUGCAGUCGGUCUUUAUGGUAAUUUUGGCCAAGCAAAUUAUAGUACAGCAAAACUUGGUAUCCUCGGAUUCAGUAAUACUAUCGCACUCGAAGGUGCCAAAAACAAUAUUAUAGUUAACACUAUUGCCCCUAAUGCUGGUACUGCAAUGACUGCUACUGUUUGGCCACCAGAAAUGGUCGAAGCAUUUAAAUCUGAUUAUGUCGCUCCAUUCGUCGCCUUUUUAGCAUCAGAAAAUGUUCCAUCUAGUGGUUUGGUAUUUGAAGUGGGUGGUGGAUGGGUGGCUCAAGUUCGUUGGCAACGAGCCGGGGGUGUUGGUUUUCCUGUCUCUAAACCACUUCAACCAGAAGAUAUUGCGUCUAAUUGGGAAACAAUUACAAAUUUUGAUGACGGUCGUGCCACUCGUCCAACCACUACUCAAGAAGCUUUACAACAAUUCUUUGAGAACUUUUCCAAUGCACAAUCUUCAAGCGAUAGUAAACAAACGAAAAAAACAAACUCUAAGCAGAAAGAGAGUGCAAUUGAUGUGGAAACUGCCAAAAAAAUUAAAUUUGAACCAAAAGUACACAUUUAUACCGAGAGAGAUGCGAUACUUUAUGCGCUUGGUGUUGGCGCUACACGUAAUGACUUACAAUGGGUUUAUGAGGAUAAUAGUGAUUUCUCUGUGUUGCCAACUUAUGGCGUGAUUCCUGGCUUGGCUGCUCUACCUGUCGAUAGAUUUUCGGAAAUUUUGGGAGAUUUUAAUUUGAUGAUGCUUCUUCACGGUGAACAAUAUCUUGAAGUUAAAAAACCCAUACCCGUAUCCGGAAAAUUAAUAACAACUCCUCGUGUCAUUGAUAUUUUGGACAAAGGCAAAGGAGCAUCUCUUGUAAUCGGCACAACAACCAGAGACGAAAAAGGAGAUGUAGUGUUAGAAAACGAAAUGACCUUAUUUAUUCGUGGAAUUGGUGGAUUCGGCGGUAAAAAAGACCGCGCAGACUCCGGCCCCGCCACCGCACCAAAUAAACCUCCAAAACGUGCUCCAGAUGCUGUUCAAUUAGAAAAAACAACUGAAAAUCAAGCCGCGCUGUAUCGACUAAGCGGUGACCUCAAUCCGUUACAUAUCGAUCCAGAAAUGUCGGCGAUGGGCGGAUUCGAAGUCCCGAUUCUACAUGGUCUUUGUUCGUUUGGUAUUUCUGCGAAGCAUGUUCUGAUUAAAUUUGGAAAUAAGGAUGCAAAGAGCUUUAAGAAUGUUAAAGCGAGGUUUGCAUCUCCUGUGUAUCCUGGCGAGACACUCGAAACUCAAAUGUGGAAGGAAGGAAACAGAGUGAUCUUUCAAACUCGUGUAGUUGAACGAGAUGUAAUCGCAAUUGCUUCUGCAGCUGUAGAGUUAGAUGAACAAAACAUUAAAGCUAAACUUUAG